AUGAGUUCCAGCAACAGCACCAGCAACUCUCCGUCUUCCCCUACUACAGAAGACAACUCUUUGUUUGCAACGCUCCUCACUCCAGGAUCCUCGCUUCAUCCCACAUUGCUGUUUGUACUCGACGUCGCGUUCUUCGCGCUCUUCCUCGUACUCGCUGGUCUCGCUCUCGCGACGCAGGGGAACCUUCACGUGCUUUCGCUUAUUGGGAUUGAGAUGGGACUGUGGGGAAGUGUCAAAUGGUUUGUGUACGAGCUGCAGCUGGCCAACGCCAAUGAAGAGACGCAAAAGAACGCGAAUCGAGAAAACGAUACAUCACCUUCCGACUCGAAACUAAAGGAGGAAUAA